AUGAUUAAAAAUAGUUAUAUUUAUCAAAAAAAUGAACCAUUUAAAGCAUUAAGAUAUAUAUUUAAUACAACAAAAAUUCAAUGUGCAUAUUAUGUGGCAUUAAAUGAAUAUGAAAAUGCCAUAUCUGAAGUUAAUGCUGCUUUUGAUAUUUUUAUUGAUCUUAUGGAUAGUCAUAAAACAAUGGAUUUAGAAUAUUUUCAAAUACAAUCAUGGUAUCAUGAAUUAUUGGAAGACAAAGAAAAAAUUAUUGAUCAAGCAAAAGCUGCCUCUAUUUAA